AUGUACAAACCACAAGAAAAGUUCCCUUCUUCAGAAAUGCGAGAGAAACAGCACAAUCCUUUCCGAUUGCUCAUAUUGCUCAUCCUAACUUCUACAGUAUCCUGUCAGCUAUCCUGUCACCGGAUACCAACUUCAUUCUGUUGUACAACAAGAAUCAGAGAUCAGUGUCCGGAACAGUGUGCAACGGUUCAAUGUGGCACCGAAUUUAUACAUAAUUUGUUCUCAACGGACGGUUCUCGAAAACCAGCCAACAAUAAUAAUAACUUCGGUGGAGCGCAUGAUGGAAACGCGAAUAUUGGAGGUGUUGGAAGUGGAGAUUCUCAGAGAGGUGCAGAUGGAUUUGGAGGAAUUGAUCCCUCGAUAACCUCAUUCGAAAAACCUGACCAACCCCCUCCGCCUCCAGCUGCGCCAUCCCGUGUGGAUGCCACGUGGAAUCCAGAAACGCAUUCGAAUUCUGGAGAUGCUAGAAGAAUUACAACAGAGAAUUUCUUCACAACAACCCAACCAACCACUUCUUCCGGAUUUCCAACCCUGAUUCCAUUCUCCACGGAUUCCUGGACCACUCAAACUCCUAGACCCUUGGCUCCAGAACCCGUACUGGCUCCAGAGGCCAAUAGAAUGCCAGUUCCAGUCCCUGAGGUCCCAAAUUUGGGAUUUCAUGGAAAUUUUGGACAAGAAUUGCCGGUGACAAACCCAACAGUGGCUUCGCCUCCAAAACGAGAUGGUCACCGACGACGAACGACACCGGAUCCAAGAAUAAUUCGACCACCAGAAUCCCUGGUUGUCAUUGGAGAUUAUGAUGAAGACGAACCACCAUCCGAGAAUGCUGUUGUGGAUUCGCCACAACCCCUCCCUGCCACGUCACCACCACCUCCAUCGCCUCCAUCAUUCUUUUCCCAAACUCUGCCCCCAUCACCACCUGUUAUCAGUAACAGUGGAGAUGUAUCGCCAGAUCCAGAAAGGAAAUUAGCGCUUCACCAAAUGUCGAACAAUCUGGAACCGCUGCUGCUACGUUGA